UUACUUUUGCGGCCUUUCUCUUUCUGUGAAGUGAACGUCAAUUUUGACUAUGUAGAACAGCUUGUUUGCGGACAUCCUAAGCACUGGAACUUCUUCUACCUGCAGAUGAUCUGAAGAGCAGAAGAUCUGGCCCGUUGUAUGAGGAGCAAACACAUCUUUCUCAAGCAUGAAGCGUGGAAAGUCUCGUGCCUCCAAGGAUGAUGGGAAAGGCCAAGAUGAGCCAGCCAUCCUGGAGACGGAGGACUUGGACAGAAGCUUUAGCAGAGGACCAGACCCUGACACAAUCUCACUGGCCUCUGUUACUGCUGUAACAACAAAUGUCUCUAACAAGAGGUCAAAGCCUGAUAUCAAGAUUGAACCUAGUGCUGGAAGGCCAAUGGAUUUCCAAGUAAGUGUGACUGUCAUAGAGGCCAGACAGCUCGUAGGGCUGAAUAUGGAUCCAGUGGUCUGUGUGGAAAUUGGCGAUGAGAAGAAAUACACUUCAAUGAAGGAGUCAACCAACUGCCCUUACUACAACGAGUACUUUGUCUUCGACUUCCACGUCCCACCUGAUGUCAUAUUUGACAAAAUCCUGAAGCUGUCAGUAAUCCACUCUAAAAAUCUUCUGCGAAGUGGAACAAUGGUUGGAACCUUCAAGAUGGAUGUGGGAACAGUUUAUUCACAACCUGAUCACCAGUUCUACCACAAAUGGGCCGUGUUGUGUGAUCCUGAUGACAUCACCGCAGGGUGCAAAGGCUAUAUCAAAUGUGACAUUGCUGUGGUGGCAAAGGGUGAUAACAUCAAAACUCCACACAAAGCCAAUGAAACUGAUGAGGAUGACAUUGAGGGGAAUCUUCUUUUGCCAGAGGGCGUUCCAGCUGAGCGUCAGUGGGCACGAUUCUAUGUGAAAAUCUACAGAGCUGAAGGGCUACCCAAGAUGAACACCAGCAUCAUGGCCAAUGUGAAAAAGGCUUUUAUUGGAGAAAAUAAAGAUCUGGUUGAUCCAUACGUUCAGGUGCAAUUUGCUGGUCAAAAGGGCAAAACAUCAAUCCAGAAGAGCUGCUAUGAACCAAUCUGGAAUGAGCAGAUCAUUUUCACUGAACAAUUUCCACCGCUGUGCAAGCGCAUGAAGAUCCAAAUCCGUGACUCUGACAAAGUAAACGAUGUGGCCAUCGGAACUCAUUUCAUUGAUUUACGAAAGAUCUCCAAUGAUGGAGAUAAAGGCUUUCUCCCAACUCUUGGACCGGCCUGGGUCAACAUGUACGGUUCAACACGGAGCUAUACCCUGAUGGACGAGUACCAGGACUUGAAUGAGGGACUUGGAGAGGGCGUCUCUUUUCGGGCCCGGCUGCUGAUCAGCAUGGCUGUGGAGAUUUUGGACACGUCCUCUCCAGAAGUAAUGAGCUCUACUGAGGUGCAGGUGGAGGGGGUGCCCAAUAUUUCUGAGAAUGCCACUGGGAAGAUCGAAGAAUUUUUCUUGUUUGGAGCAUUCCUGGAAGCGACAAUGAUUGACAGAAAGAUUGGUGAUAAGCCAAUCAACUUUGAAGUUACAAUAGGAAAUUAUGGAAGUGAGGUUGAUGAUACCCCUACCAAACCGAAAACAAAGAAGUCGAAGAAGGGUGAUGGUGAUGACGAGGAGUCUGAGCUCAUCCAAGGCUCAAGUGAUGAAGAAACUAUGGAUGAUGGAGAACUGGUGUCCGUCUCCACCACUCCACCAAUGAAACCAGUCAUCACUGACAGGAACUACUUUCACCUCCCAUAUUUUGAGAGGAAGCCAUGCAUCUAUAUCAAGAGCUGGUGGCAAGACCAGAGAAGGAGACUAUACAAUGCCAACAUAAUAGACAACAUUGCAGAUAAGUUGGAAGAAGGACUGAACGAUGUUCAGGAGAUCAUCAAAACGGAGAAAGCUUUUCCUGAGCGUAGACUCAGAGGGGUUCUAGAGGAACUGAGCAAUGGUUGCAGCACCUUUCUAACACUGGCGAACAAGGACCAAAACCAGGCAGGGAAAACAAAGUUGGACCGUGAAAGGCUGAAAUCUUGCAUGCGGGAGCUGGAAAACAUGGGUCAACAAGCAAAGACAAUGCGAACUCAGGUGAAGAAAAAAACAGUAAAGGAUAAAUUCAAACAGGCACAAAACUUCCUCCAGAAACUGAGAUUCUUGGCUGAUGAGCCUCAACACAGCGUUCCGGAUGUUUACAUAUGGAUGAUCAGCAAUGGCAAGCGCAUUGCAUACGCUAGAGUGCCCUCCAAAGACAUCCUUUAUUCUAAUGUGGAGGAGGAGACUGGGAAAGAUUGUGGAAAAGUCAAGACCAUUUUCUUCAAACUCCCAGGUAAAAAGGGCUUUGGGCCAGCAGGCUGGACAGUGCAAGCAAAGACAGAGAUGUAUCUCUGGCUGGGUUUGAACAGGCAGCGCAAGGACUUCUUGAAUGGGCUACCAAAUGGAUUUGAGGAGAACAAGGCAGUCAAGGGGCCUGGCAUGCAGUCAUCACCCCCAAUCAGCCUGAUCUACACCAUGAAGCAGAUCUUCCAGCUGAGGGUGCACAUGUACCAGGCAAGGAGCCUGUUUGCAGCCGAUAGCACAGGUCUGUCAGACCCCUUUGCCAGAGUCUUCUUUUCUACUCACAGCCAGGUCACAGAGAUUCUGAAUGAGACCCUUUGCCCCACUUGGGAUCAACUUCUAGUAUUUGACAAUGUUGAAUUGUAUGGUGAGGCCAGUGAACUAAGGGAUGACCCUCCAAUUAUCGUCAUUGAGAUCUAUGACCAGGACACUGUGGGCAAAGCUGACUUCAUGGGCAGAACAUUUGCGAAGCCAAUAACUAAAAUGUCAGAUGAGCAUUAUGGGCCGCCACGCUUUCCUCCUCAGCUAGAGUACUACCAGGUCUACCGUGGGAACUGCACUGCUGGUGAAAUGCUUGCUGCUUUUGAACUGUUGCAGAUUGGACCAGGUGGAAAGGCUGACUUGCCCCCCAUUGAUGGACCAACAGAUAUGGACCGUGGUCCAAUCCUACCAGUCCCCAUUGGUAUUAGACCAGUCCUGAGCAAAUACCGCAUUGAGGUUUUGUUCUGGGGCCUAAGAGACCUGAAGCGAGUAAACCUUGCCCAGGUUGACAGACCACGUGUGGACAUAGAAUGUGCUGGGAAGGGGAUACAGUCAGCUCUCAUUCAGAACUACAAGAAAAAUCCCAAUUUUAACACUCUGGUCAAGUGGUUUGAAGUGGACCUGCCAGAAAAUGAGCUUCUCCAUCCUCCUCUUAACAUUCGAGUGGUGGACUGCAGAGCUUUUGGCCGCUAUACGCUGGUUGGCUCCCAUGCAGUCACCUCACUGCGCAAGUUCAUCUACAGACCUACUGACAAGAGCGUCAACAACUGGUCUACUAUGGAGGAAAUUGUGAUCCACACAGAACCAGAACCUGUUGUGAAGAAGAUGGAGACAGUAGUCAAACUUGACUCAGCCUCAGAUGCUGUUGUUAAGGUUGACAUGACUGAUGAUGAGAAGGAUGGAAAGGGAAAGAAAAAGAGAAAGAAAGGUGGGGAGGACGUCGAGGAAGAAGAGCUCGAUGAGAGCAUGCUGGAUUGGUGGUCCAAGUACUUUGCUUCCAUCGAAACGCUCAUGGAAAUAAUAAAAGCCCAAGAAGCUGAGAAAGCUGAAGCAGAGGAGAGAGAGGACAUGGACACAGAGGGGGCAGAUAUCAAACCUGAUGAUUCUAAUAUGAAAGGGGCCAAGAAGAAAAAAGGAAAAGCCAAGGACAAGAACAAAGCUGGGCCAGGAGAGGGACCACCAGAGAAGAAAAAGCCCAAAAUCGAUGAGCUGAAGGUGUACAACAGAGAGCUAGAGAACGAAUUUGAUCACUUUGAAGACUGGCUCCACACAUUCAACCUUUAUCGAGGGAAGAGUGGAGAUGAUGAUGAACAAAAUGCAUCAGAUGAAGACAGACUCAUUGGCAAAUUCAAAGGCUCCUUGUGUAUGUACAAAGUGCCUAUGUCAGACGAAAUGAGUAGAGAAAUGGGCAUCGAUUCCAACAUGGGCAUGUUCCAAAACAUUCCACACAAUGACCCAAUCAAUGUUUUAGUUCGAGUCUAUGUUAUAAGGGCUACAGAUCUGCACCCUGCAGACAUAAACGGGAAAGCAGAUCCAUAUAUUGCCAUUAAGCUGGGAAAGUCAGAGAUCAAAGACAAAGAAAACUACAUCUCUAAACAACUUAACCCUGUGUUUGGAAAAUCGUUUGACAUUGAGGCAACAUUCCCAAUGGACUCCACCCUCACUGUGUCCAUCUAUGACUGGGACUUGGUCGGCACCGAUGACUUAAUUGGGGAGACCAAAAUUGAUCUGGAGAACCGCUAUUACAGCAAGCACAGGGCUAUAUGUGGUAUUGCAUCAAACUAUGCAAUCCAUGGCUACAACGUAUGGAGGGACCCAAUGAAGCCAACACAAAUCCUAGCAAAACUUUGCAAGGAUAACAAACUAGAUCCACCUCAGUAUGGACCUGGAGGAAAAGUGAAGGUGGCAAACAGAGUUUAUACAGGACCAACUGAAAUUGAGGAUGAAAAUGGGCUCAAAAAACAAACAGAUGAGCACCUUGCUCUUGCUGUCCUUAACCACUGGGAGGACUUUCCACGAGCAGGUUGCAAAAUUGUCCCAGAGCAUGUAGAGACAAGACCUCUACUGAAUCCUGAUAAGCCUGGGAUUGAGCAGGGGAGAAUUGAGAUGUGGGUGGACAUGUUUCCAAAGGAUAUGCCAGCACCGGGACCUGCUCUUGAUAUUUCACCAAGAAAACCAAAGAAGUUUGAGCUCAGGGUGAUCGUCUGGAAUACAGAUGAAGUUGUUCUGGAAGAUGAUGACAUAUUCACAGGAGAGAAGUCCAGUGACAUUUUUGUGAGAGGAUGGCUUAAAGGACAACAAGAAGACAAGCAAGACACAGAUGUCCACUACCAUUCCCUAACUGGGGAGGGGAACUUUAACUGGCGCUUCAUUUACCCCUUUGACUACCUAAUGGCUGAAGAGAAAAUUGUCAUCUCAAAGAAGGAAUCCAUGUUCUCCUGGGACGAGACUGAGUACAAGAUCCCUGCUCGUCUGAACCUACAAGUUUGGGAUGCAGAUCAUUUCUCUGCAGAUGACUUUCUGGGUGCAAUUGAACUAGACCUGAACAGAUUUCCUCGCGGUGCAAAAACAGCAAAACAGUGCACGAUUGACAUGGUUCUUAAUGAACAAGACAUGCCAAUGGUUAACAUCUUCAAGCAGAAAAGAAUCAAGGGAUGGUGGCCGUUUAUAGCCAGAGAUGAAAACGAUGAAAUGGAAAUCACAGGGAAAGUAGAAGCAGAGCUGCACCUCCUGACAGGUGAGGAGGCAGAGAAGAGUCCUGUUGGUGAAGGGCGCAAUGAGCCAGAGCCUCUGGAGAAACCAAACCGUCCGGACACAACAUUCCUGUGGUUCAUUACCCCACUAAAAGCAAUCCGGCAUCUUGUCUGCAACCAGUACAAGUGGCUGGUCAUCAAAAUCGUUCUGGCUCUACUCCUACUUGCCAUCGUGGCCCUGUUCCUCUACAGUAUGCCUGGCUACAUGGCCAAGAAACUUCUGGGAGUCUGAGGAAGAAAAGUGGUACACUUUAUUUUUGCAUCUAAUGAAAUGCUGUGUUGCAAAUACGUAUUUUGGUUUCAUUUUACAAGGAAAAGGCUUGUCUAAAAUGCCGCAGUCAGCAUAUCCUGAGUUUCCUCUCUAUGUUUUAAAGCUAUAAAGUUUGAGCGUUCACACUGGGUGUGUGUGAUGCCUUUAAAUUCUGAGUUAACUGAACAUAGCUCUUAAAAUGAAAACUACUGUAUAUCUUUUUGCAAAAUAAACAUUUGUAUCAUGUCUGCUCUUAUGGUUAUCCAGCACUCUAAUGUUAUUUGCCCACACAAGUUUCAUGUAUUGUGCCUUAGGCCCGUUUGUGGACAAUUAAAAACUGAUUUAAAUGGACUUGAAAUAACAAUCGAUUUUUCACAGCGGCAAUAAAUUCAGGGUUUGCUGCGAUGGUUGUGACCAAAAACGGUUCCUUCGAGCCGGAUUCGAACCAGCGACCUAAGGAUUUCUAUGUAUCCACUACAGUCCUCCGCUCUACCAACUGAGCUAUCGAAGGCCAUAGUAACGACAUCUCAAUAAACUAUUAUAAAGAUAGUAGAUGUUUCUGUCAGGCUCGUUUUAUGUGCAUUUAUCUAUAAUUUCUGCUUAACGUAACAUCGUUUAAAACGUUAGGUUACUUUUUUGCUGGUUUGACGGCUAAUUAGCUACAUAGCAACCCAUCUAACUACACGUUAGCUCAGCAUUUCUAGUCAAAGCUAGCUAAUUUAGCAGUUAACGUUAGCUUACCUAGCUGCAGGCUCUCAUUGAUUGACUUUAUUGCAGUUUGUCAUUGCUCUUAUUUAUUAGUUCUACCAGCAAUACAAGGACUUCUUUUCAAUCUUUGCAAAAAUUAUGAAGGACCACGCUGCUAGCUAGUUCACAAAGGUGUUACGGUACAUGU